UGUUAAGUAGUGUUAUAGGAUUUUGAGCUGCACAAUGACCGCUCCAUUUUUACUCAUUAUACUUUUAAAUGCUACCAUUCCUUGCCCUGUUGAGUCAUCGCGUUCUUUACUACAUCCUCACACAAGCAAUGCUACCGAUGAGCAGGCUCUCUUGGCAUUCAAGUCCGCAAUUGCCUAUGAUCAAUUCAAUUCAUUCACAACAUGGACUUCCAACGUCUCAUUCUGCAACUGGAAAGGUGUCACCUGUUCUCUCCGCAGGCAAAGGGUCGUCUCUCUCAAUCUCUCCACAGUUGGUUUGGUAGGUACCAUCUCUCCUUUCCUCGGCAAUCUCUCAUUUCUUAGGAUUCUUGACCUCAGUACUAAUUACCUUCGUGGUCAUAUUCCCUAUCAGUUAGGAAGCCUCCCUCGCUUUCAGUUUUUGGCCUUAUACACAAAUCAGUUGGAAGGUUCAAUUCCAGCGACUCUUGGUGCCUGCUACAGUAUAACCAUUAUCUCUCUUAUGGAAAACCAUUUGACUGGAGGGAUUCCUUCAGUUCUGGGAUUUCUCCCAAAAUUAUCAUUCCUUCAGCUUGCCCGAAAUAAUUUGACAGGUAGCAUUCCCAACACCUUGGGGAACAUAUCCUCUUUGAACUAUUUAGAUUUGUCCGAGAACAAUUUUGAGGGGUAUAUUCCUUGGGAACUGGGCAUGCUUUCUCAACUCAGUUUGUUGGGUUUGAGUAUCAAUUAUCUUACCGGAGGAAUUCCUUCCUCCUUGUCAAAUUGCACUUCUCUGCAGGAAAUUGACGUCACUGGAAACUACUUAUCUGGAGAGAUUCCAACGAAGUUGUUCUCUAGUACUAUCCACUUGAGAGGAUUGUAUAUGACUGACAACAAUUUCAGCGGCAGGAUUCCCGUCACUCUCUUCAAUUGUUCGCAACUUCAAACGAUCAGCUUAGCCGAUAACCGGCUGAGUGGAAUAGUGCCCUCAGAGUUGGGAAAGUUGCGUAGCCUUACGCGCCUCUAUUUGUGGGGUAAUCAGUUUACUAGUGGUAGCACCACAAGCUUACCCUUUCUCACUGCUCUUAUUAAUUGUUCUCUUCUUAGAGAAAUAGAGUGUGCAAGUAAUCAUUUCACAGGAUUCAUACCCUCAUCUGUGGGACAGCUUUCUACAAAUCUAGAAAUUUUUUACUUAGAUCACAACAGAAUAACGGGAAAAAUUCCUUGGCAGAUUGGAAACCUCACCAAUUUAACUCUACUAGCUUUAGCUGAAAAUCUUUUGACAGGUGCGAUUCCUUCUGCAAUCGGUAGGCUCCAAAGGUUAGAAAGACUCUACUUGGGUUUAAAUAAUUUACAAGGAACCAUCCCAAUGGAGAUUGGUCGGCUAGAGAACCUAGGUCUUCUAGCUCUUGAGUACAAUAAUAUUUCUGGAAAUAUUCCGGACUCCCUUGCCCACCUCCAGCAGAUAAGAUAUCUUUUCCUUGCAGGCAACGAGUUAACAGGGACUAUUCCUUCAAGUUUAGGUGAAUGCAGAAAGUUGGAAGCACUUGAUCUCUCAUUCAACAAGCUCCGAGGACAUAUACCUUCGCAGGUGGCAGGAAUUUCAAAUUUGCUUUCAUUUUUCAACCUUUCAAAUAAUUUGUUGGAGGGCCCCCUCCCUGCAGAACUCAGCAAGAUGGAUAAAGUUCAAAUUAUAGAUGUUUCAGCAAAUCAUUUAAAAGGCUAUAUUCCAAAUACAAUAGGAAAUUGUCUAGCACUUGAAUACCUGAAUUUUUCUUUUAAUAAAUUCGAAGGUUCAAUUCCUACUUCUGUAGGGAAACUUCAAGAUCUCAAAGGCUUAGAUUUCUCGUCCAACAAUUUGUCUGGAAGGAUACCAUUGACUUUGGUAAAGCUUAAAGCGCUUCAGCAUCUUAACUUAUCUAUAAACAAGUUGUCAGGGGAAGUCCCAAAAGAUGGUGUUUUCAAAAAGCUUAAUGCAACAUCAUUUACUACAAAUCUUGGCCUUUGUGGACCUUGGGUAAUGUUGCCACCAUGCCCUUGUCCCAAACAUAAAAGUCCCAGGCAUCUGAAAAGUGUCUUCAUACCCAUUGGUACUGGAGUGUUUGUUAUAUGUUGUGUAGUCAUGUUUUUCUUGUGGAGAUGCUAUUGCAAGACACGGUCUAAGAUCUUGAAACCCUUUGACGUGGGCCCUCAGAAAGUUUCAUUUCAAGAACUUCUCACCGCUACUGAUGGAUUUAAUGGAGCCAACUUGUUAGGAGUUGGUAGCUUUGGAAAAGUGUUCAGAGGGGCUCUGAAAGAUGGCACAAUGGUUGCUAUCAAACUUCUUAAUAUCCUGGAUGAAAAUGCACGGAAAAGUUUUGAUAGAGAGUGCAAUGUUUUAAGGAGAGUCCGACAUAGAAAUCUUCUUAAAAUCAUAACCUCUUAUUCAGAUCCAGAUGUGAAAGCCUUAAUUUUUCCUCUUGUGGCAAAUGGCAGCCUAGACAAGUUUUUAUAUCCUGCAGGCGAAGAAAGUUCUCAAGGUCAACUGUGUCGCUUGGAUUUGAUUCAGAGGCUGGGCAUAGCGUUGGACGUUGCACAAGGCAUGGAGUACCUUCAUCACCGAUGCUUUGUGCAAGUCAUCCAUUGUGAUCUAAAGCCCAGCAAUGUGCUUCUUGGCGAGGACAUGACAGCCUAUUUGAUAGAUUUUGGCAUUUCAAGAUUGUGUCUCGGUAACUCCAUGGAUUCAUACACUUCUACACAUACCCUGAAAGGAUCCAUUGGAUACAUUGCUCCAGAAUAUGGAGUGAGUGGACAUGUUACUACAAAAGGAGAUGUUUACAGCUAUGGAAUAAUGUUAUUAGAGAUGAUGACUGGAAAGAAGCCAACCAGCAGCAUAUUCAUAGAAGGAAUGAACUUGCAUAAGUGGGUGAGCAGAUGUUUUCCGAAUACAAUAGAUGAAGUGAUUGAUAGAUAUUUGAUGAGUGCUGAGCUGAACAAUGAUGAAAAUAAGGUAUUGAAUUGCCUCAGGGAACUUAUCUGUGUGGGUUUGCUUUGUUCAAAAGAAUCUCCAGAAGAACGGCCAAGCAUGAUUGACGUUGUAAAAAUAUUGCAUAUUAUCAGAGACAGUUUUCUUGGAGUUGCUUCAAGAACAACAUUUCAGAUAGAGUUAUCAUCGUUGCUAAAUAGCAGAAAUGUUGGUGGCAAUGAUGAUUAUAGCCAAAGUUCCUCAUUCUGAAAAGAAACAUAAAAUAGUUUGAAUAGUUGGUUUUGUGUUUGCAUGGGUCAAGCCUUCUCUGAGGGAAAUUUUCGUUCAGAAUUUUAUCAUUCAACAUUAUUGUAGAUUUUCCAGUGUAAAAUGAUUGGCAAGUGGUUAUUUAUUGGCUCUCAUAAUUUUAUCAAACCGAUAAUAUGUAGCAGAGCUCUCAAAAUAUUUAUUUUUAUUCACAUUUGUUGGAGUCUAAUCUCACCUACGCCAUCCACAUGCUCCGUAUGCACAAAUGUUUACAGAAUUAGCAGGACUUACAUCUACUCCAACCUGUCCACCGUACCAUCUAUAGUCUUAAAACAUUAUUUUAUAUGCAAAAUUUUGGAAGUUUCCAGCUACCUCUGCCCAUUCUAGAAACAUCUAAGACCUGCAU